AUGAUUAAUUGCUUGGCCUCUGAUCGGGAAGCUCUCAUGGACUUCAAAACUGGGCUUCAUGAUCCUGAAAAUAUGUUAUCUUCAUGGAGAGGCAGCAAUUGUUGUCAGUGGCUUGGUAUACAGUGUGACAACAAUACAGGAGCAGUUGUAGCCGUCGACAUUCACAGCAUGAGUGGUGAGAUAAGACCGUCUCUGAUGCAGCUCAAGUCACUGCGGCAUUUAGACUUGAGUUUCAAUUCUUUCAAUGGCAUAGCAAUACCUCAACUCUUUGGAUCACUGGACAAUUUGCAAUAUCUAAACUUGUCAGACGCUGGUUUUGGUGGCCUCAUUCCUUCCAGUUUGGGAAAUUUAUCUCACUUGGAAGUUCUUGAUCUCAAGGUACGACAUGACUUAUCUAUUGGCAAUUUCCAAUGGAUAACUGGUCUUAUCUCUUUAGAAUAUCUUGAUAUGAGUGGGGUCAACCUUUCAUUGGUGAAGGAUUGGGUUGAUGCUUUGAAUCAGCUACCUCCUCUAGUUGAACUGCAUCUAUCUGGUUGUAGCUUGUUUGGUUACGACCCAUCUCUUGUGUCUUUAAAUUUUACUUCACUUGCUGUCAUGGAUCUCAGCUUCAAUAACUUCAAUUCAAAGAUACCUGAUUGGAUUCAAAAUGUAAGCAGCCUCCAAUAUCUUGAUAUGAGUGAAAGUAAACUACAUGGAAGAAUACCACUUGGUCUGGGUGAGAUGCCAAAUUUAGUUUCAUUGGAUUUAAGUCUCAGUUACAAUCUAACAGCAAAUUGCUCCCAGCUCUUCAGAAAAAAAUGGGAAAAGAUACAAGUUCUUCGUUUAAAUGACAAUAAGGUACAUGCAAAACUCCCCUCAUCUUUGGGAAACAUGACUUCUCUAGUCCUUCUUAACCUUGAUAACAAUGCUGUUGAAAGUGGUAUUCCAAGUUCCAUUGGAAAACUCUGCAACUUGAGUCAUUUUUAUCUAUCAAGAAAUAACAUGACAGGAAGUCUGCCUGAAUUUCUUGAAGGAACAGAAAGCUGCCCUUCUAGGAAUCCUUUGCCUAAUCUACAUCAAUUUCAUCUGGACGACAAUCAACUGAUUGGACAAAUCCCUAGUUCUUUAGGGUCAUUGAAAAAUCUCACCACCUUGCAGCUUUCAACGAAUAAACUCAACGGGACUCUUCCUGAAAGUUUAGGACAACUUUUUGCCUUGCUCCAAUUGGAUGCCUCCAUUCACGCUCGUAAAGCUCGGAAUGGGUCAAAUGCAUUCUAUGGAGAAAUACCUUCUCAGCUUUCAAAGUUAAGUUCGUUGCAAGUCUUGGACGUUGGGGAGAAUCACUUGAGUGGCAGUAUUCCGACAAGCAUUGGUGAUCUUAAAGCCAUGGCUCAAGAGAAAAUAAUGAUCAGAAAUAUAAUGCACGGGAUAUUUCGAGGUGCGUACUAUCAAGAUAGAUUGAUUGUGAAUACAAAAGGGCAAUCACUGAUGUACACCAAGACUCUUUCCCUUGUCACUAGCAUUGAUCUUUCAGGAAACAACUUGUCUGGAACAUUACCCGAAGAAGUAACAGGCUUGUUUGGUCUAGUGGUUUUGAACUUGUCAAGAAACCACAUGACAGGCCACAUUCCUGAGAGCAUAUCAAAUAUGCAUCAAUUAUCAUCCCUUGAUCUCUCAAGCAAUCAACCUACUGGUUCCAUUCCUCAAAGCUUGUCUUCAUUAUCAUUUUUGGGCUACUUGAAUCUAUCCCACAACAAUCUUUCUGGUGCCAUCCCCUACAAAGGUCACAUGACAACUUUUGAAGCAUCUUCAUUUGUUGGUAACCCUGAUCUCUAUGGCUGUCCCCUUCCUGUGAUGUGCCAACUUAAUGGUGAUGAUCAUGUUCAUGAUCCAAACAGGGGAACAGGUAAUGACAGAAGAAAUGAAGAGGACAAUGAUGAUGAUGAUGGGUUCAUUGAUAAAUGGUUUUACUUGUUCCUUGGCGGAGGAUUUGCAGCAGGGCUUUUGGUACCCUUCUUCAUAUUGGCAAUGAAUAGAUCUUGGAGUGUUGCUUACUUUGAUUUUGUGGAACUAGUUAUUGUUAAAUUUCUGGUGUUGAUGCGUAAAAGAAGAUUCAACCAUGGGCGUGAGAUCAAGCCUCGCCACAGGUAG